CAUCCAGUCACUCCGGCCUCAGGUGGCGGGUCUGGGCAGGCUACAAGGAACAAGCAUAUUCUGCAGCGUCAGGCAGUACCCCGUGGCAUGCCGGACACCGGCCGUGCAAGUCAUACGCAUCGAUACAUCCUUCCUUUGCUUCAUCAAUGCGACUUUCAUCAAAGAGAGGAUCAUGGAGUGGGUAAGGGUAGAAGUGGACACAUCCAAUGAGAAGGUCAGGGAAAGGGUGCACUCAGUUUUCCUUGACAUGUCAAAUGUGGUGAACAUUGACACUUCAGAACUGGUGGGAUUGGAAGAAAUUCACAAGGAGCUGGCGUCCCUCGGCAUACAGAUGGCUAUUGCCAGUCUAGGAUGGCAGGCAAUUCAGAAGAUGAAGCUGGCACACGUUGUUGACAGGAUAGGAGAAGAUUGGAUUUUCCUGACAGUAGGUGAAGCAGUGGAAGGAUGCCUAACUGCACACAAGGGCAGUGCUAUGGAGUGUUGAGUGUAUGCUAGUAGAAAUAACACCAUUUGUUGUGGAUUUGUAUCUAGUGAGCAUGGUUUACAUACCUCCGCAAAUGCUUACAAAUAGUAACAGACGCAACAAUGACAAAACAUGUACGUGUUCUGUAGAAAUUAAGCACAUUAACUAGAGUGG